AUGGAGGAAUCGAAACGCUUGGGUGUCUCGGCUCUCCCGCCGCAGUACGGGACUGUUUCGACAGGCGGCGCUCGGCCGGCGAAGGAUUUAGAGUCGCAGGCGAGUCCCGCGUCUGGAGAUCAGACGGCGUUCUACGCGCAACUCGGCGUGAUGUUGCUCUUCUGGUACGCGCUGAACGUGAUGUACAAUCUGGACAACAAGCUGGCCCUGAUCAUGCUUCCACUUCCCUGGACGGUGUCGACGUUUCAGCUCUUCUUCGGAUGGCUGUUCUUCGGCUUCGCGUGGGCAACUGGGCUGCGGCCGGUCCCGCGAAUCCACACCACGGAGCUGUUCGUCACGCGCAUCGCCCCGCAGGGUCUCUGUCACUUCUUCGUCCACAUCGGCGCGGUGAUUUCAAUGGGCUGUGGCGCUGUCAGCUUCACACACAUCGUGAAGGCGUCGGAGCCAGUCCUCACGGCGCUGCUCUCUGGACUGGCUCUUCACCAGGUCUUCAGCUGGCAGACGUACCUCUCCCUCGUCCCGAUCGUCGCAGGAGUGAUCAUGGCCUCGGUCACGGAACUCUCCUUCACGUGGAAGGCGUUCGGAUGCGCCUUGGUCAGUGCGCUGGGCAGCUCGGCUCGCGCAGUGUUCGCGAAACUCGCGAUGGCGGACCGCAAACAAGUAGGAGAAAAUCUGUCGUCUGCAAACAUGUACGCGCUUCUAACCAUCGUCGCGUCCCUCGUCUCCCUCCCGCCGGCGAUCUUCGCUGAGGGCGCCAAAGUCGCCGCUGUCUGGGAGGCAUGCACCGGACCCGACAGCCCCUGGACGGGCCAGCAGAUCAUCGCGAAACUGUGCUUCUCAGGCUUGUGGUAUUACAUGUACAACGAAGUCGCCUACCUCUGCCUCGAGAAAAUCAACCAGGUCACGCAUGCAGUAGCGAACACCCUCAAACGCGUCGUCAUCAUCGUCGCGUCUGUCCUCUUCUUCCAGACUCCCGUGACGGCCCUUGGAGCAACUGGGUCGUUCGUCGCCAUUGCAGGCACCCUGAUCUAUUCUCUCUCGAAGACCAAGUACGGAUAA